AUGCCUCUCAUCAACCUAACCAAGCUCCGAAUUCUCGAUACCAUCUCAAUAAAUCUCGGCAGCAUCCAACUGGCCGUAUUAAUCGUUGGAUUGAUCGAACUCCUCGUUCUUCUUGACCGAAAAAAAGUUUCCGGCUUUUUCUUGGGUUUUUAUUCUCUACUGCUCACACCCCUCCACAAUUCUACUCCCACGACGAGAAAGAGUUCGAAUACCGAGCAAGAAAAGGCGGCCGCCGUUUGUCGAGGAGAUUUGGAGGUAGUUUUGAAAAGCUUAGGGCUUUUCCGAGAAGGGAAUAUUAUUCCGGCCAGGCUUGAUUCGAACGAUAUUUUGAAAAUGUUCGAGGAGAAAAGUGUCGGUUUAGGUGAAAUCAAGGAGGCUUUCGAUGUUUUCGAUGAGAAUAGAGAUGGGUUUAUUGAUGCCAUGGAGUUGAGGAAGGUUUUGUGUGCUCUAGGGUUUAGGGAGGGAUUGGAUGUGGAGAGGUGUAGUAAGAUGAUUGGGGCUUUUGAUGAGAAUAGAGAUGGGAAAAUAGAUUUUGAUGAAUUUGUGAAAUUCAUGGGGAAUAGUUUUUAG